AUGAUAAGGAAAAGUAAUCUUAUGUGGAAUAUUUGCGUAAAUUCUGGGUACUAUUCCCAUAUAGCUAAAGAUUAUAUUGCUGAAGAUAUAUCGAAUUCAAAAAUAUACAAUAAAAAAGAGAAAAAAAAUAUAUUCAAUUUUUUUACUAAUUUUUUUAUAUUUGCCUUUUUAAUUUGGAUAUUACAGUGUUCUAAUAAUUGGAAUUCUUGCAAAACAUGGCAUCACGAAAAUGACUUAAAAAAUGUGCUAAAUUUAGGGGAUAAAAGAUCAUUAGCAGAAAAUAAGGGUGUAAUAAAACAAAGAAACGAAGGAUUGAAGUUAUAUGAAGAACAAGAUAUAAUAGAGCUAAACUUAGACUUAGAGAAUGGAAAAAUGGGAAUAGAGGAGAAUAUGGACGUAGAACAAGAAAAUGAACAAGAGAUAAAAGAGAAAAAUAAAAAAUUAAAAUUAAAAGAAAAUAUUUUAGGGAAGUGUAAAAAUUAUUUAAAACUAAUUUCUUUAUCUAUUCUUUUUCUCCUAUCAUUUUGUUCACUUAUAUUGAUUUUAAUUGACUAUGCUCAUCCCAAUUUGUCCAGGUUUGUUUGGAUUAUGAGAUCUUCUGAAGUAUCUGUAUUAAUAUUUUCAAUCCUUAUAUUGUACGAGCAAAUAAAAAAAAAACGUAAUAACAAAUCUUAA